GUCGAGCAGGUGCGCAGCACUCACAGGGCUUGAGUUUCACCUUGGUUUAUACGUGAGAUUUUGACGCUCCGCUUUCUUUGCUUUCUUUCUGUGCUGAAAAUGACCAUCACAAAUUUCUCAAUUGAAUAUGACGCCAUCAACAGCAGAAACACCUUCACAAAUGGAGAUACCAUCAAUGGAAGAAUCAUUGUGGAGGCUUCGAAAGAGACUGCAGUCCAAGCUCUUGUUUUUAUAGCAAAAGGAAAGGCUCGGGUUAGCUGGCAUGAACACCACGGGCAACAUGACCAUCGCUUUUACUGGUCAGAUGAGAAAUAUUACGAGGUCAAGCAGCAUAUCUUGAGAGAAUCAAGACAAGAUGGCACUGAAGUCAUUGGAAAAGGAAGACAUGUAUUUCCUUUUUCCUUCACAAUUCCUGACAGGAAAAUGCCAUCGACUUUUAAACACGUCACUGGCAAAAUUGUUCAUAAGCUGAGGGCAGAGCUUAAACAGUCAAUGAAGAUAACAAAGAAAACCAAAACCCACUUCACAUUUGUGUCCAAAGCAGACAUGGAAUUCCCUGGAAUUAUGGAUCCUCAAUAUGGCUGCAAGGACAAAAAUGUCAAAGCCUUCGGCUCCGGAAACGUAUCACUGGAUGUCCGUACGAAGCAGAUGGGAUACAGACAAGGCGAUCGUAUCGAAGUCAUCGCUGAAAUCAUCAACAACUCCAGUCGUUCAGUGAAGCCCAAGUUCAUACUGUACGAGAAGUUGAGUUUCUUUGCCCAGGGUCGAAGGAAACUCCGCACACAUGAGAUGGUGAAGGAGAAGGCUGAGGCUGUUGCGGCGUCCUCCGGCAAGACAACUGUGACCAAGCUGAUCACCAUCCCCCCAGAACUACUCCCCUCCAUCUUAAACUGCGCCAUCAUCAAGCUGGAAUACAGGCUGAAGAUUCAACUGGAUAUCAAAUAUGCCACAGACCCAACGAUCAAACUCCCUAUAGUCAUCCUACCUAAUGUUCCAGCUGUAAAACAACCACCUGCUGGUGCUUCUUCAUUUGGUUUUGAAGCUUUUGGAAACCCAAACCAACCAAUGUGGAACACCGCACCCCAAUAUGCACUACCCACAGCUAUGGAUCCCCCUCCUCCCUAUGGAGCGUAUGCAGGGUACGCAGGGUACCCCUCCCUCCCUUCUGACAAAUAUACAAAUGCUCUGUAAAUACCUGCCUUAAAACAACAUGCCAUCAUUACAGAAUCAGUCUAUGAUACUGUCAGACUCAAGGUGGACAGUUUUGUACAGCUUCUCAAUCAGAAUCAGAGGUUUCAUCCUUUUCACUCCACACAUUCCUCUUCCUUCUCAAAGCCUGCGUUAUCCACAAUGCAAUUCAAUCAUCAACAUCAUGUUUGGAGAUUUAUGAGUGCAAUUUUGUGGCCAAUAAAUCUGUGGCCACUAUUUCUUUGUUGCUCCACACUUCCCGGUCCAGAUGACAUAACUUGACAAGUAUCAGAUGUCCUGCAGCUCCCUCUGGAGCCACAAAGAGGUUCAUACAGCUUUUAUCCCACAUGUGAAGUAGCACUGUCCAAUAACUGUAAACUUUAAUGUGUGAUAUCAGUGAUUUAUUCCUUCAGUUUACAAUAUUGUAUGAAUGUAGCAUGCCUAAAAAACUGUACAUGAAAUAUAUUGUAGUAUACUAGCUCCAUGUAACAAUUUAAUAAUUGUCUCAGUUUAAUUUUUAAUUGUUCAUGUUUUGAUUGUUGCUUCAGAUUUGCUUGUUAAAGAAAUCCUAAGGUUAUUGUAAAUAAAGUCAGUUACUUAAAGCUGA